GUUUCCAACAUUAGAAAAUUGUUUUAUUAGAGAGAAGAUUUGCGCAUAAAGUUUUGAUCUGUAGGUUCUGGAAGAUGCAAAGACUCGAUCUUUCAAUGGAGUUUGUUCUCAGAAAAGAACCAACUUUUGUUGGUUUCUCUUUUUAGCGCUUUCUUUUGGCAGUUUCAGCGAAAGUUUAAUAAUUACAAGGGGAAAAAAAGAGGAGGGUUUCAUCGGAGAUGUCAUCGUCGAACUCUCCUUGCGCGGCGUGCAAGUUUCUUCGUCGAAAAUGCACGCAGGAAUGCGUGUUUGCACCAUAUUUUCCGCCAGACAAUCCGCAGAAAUUCCAAAACGUCCACAAGGUGUUCGGCGCCAGCAACGUAGCCAAGCUGUUGAACGAGCUCAACCCUUCCCAACGUGAAGACGCCGUGAACUCCUUAGCCUACGAGGCGGAGGCGCGUCUCCGCGACCCCGUCUACGGAUGUGUUGGGCUCAUUUCCAUCUUACAACACAGGCUCAAACAAAUGCAACACGAUCUCACCAAUGCCAAGAAAGAGCUCUCCACUUACAUCGGUCCUCAAGCAUUGCUUCCCAUCUUACAACCGCCUGUGUUUUUGCAGCAACCACAGCAUGUUGGGAACCCUUCUUCUAUGAUGCAACAAAAUGGGAUGCCAAUGAUGGGGAUUCCCACGGCGGCUUCCGCUUCACAAGGUGGCCAGUUGGUGAUAAGAGAACCUCAACAACAACAGCAGCCACAGCAGCAGAUGUUUGAGGCUCAACAGCAAUUGGCUGCAGUGGUUGCAGCAAGAGAACAACAAGAUUUGCUUAGAGGAUAUGAACAACAACAACAACAGGUUCAACAUCAAGAGAUUAUGACGCUUAAUAGUGGGUUUGAAGGUGGGUCCGGUUCAGUCACUGCAACUGGGUUUAAUCAAAUAACAACUGCUGCCACCAUGUCACCUUCUUUGGCUUUAGGGAGCUUUGAUAGCCCUUAUCAGAUUCAGACACAACAGCAAGAUCAUCUUCCACUCCAACCACAGCUUUUGAUUCAGCCACAACAAGGCCAACAAAACCAACAACCCCAAAUAUCAGAAAGCGAGGAGGGUACGAGUUCUGCUCCUUGUUCAAUAAACAAUAAUCCUUUUCUUUUCCUUUGUGUUUGA